AUGAAAUCUGUUCGGAUUCUUUUUGAUGGUUUUAAGAAAUUCUGUCGUAGCUCUGGUUUGGAGGCUAAUUUGAGUAAAUCUCAAGUAUAUUUUGGGGGAGUGGCAGUUGAGAUUAAAGAUGAUAUUCUUAGGUCAGUUGCUCUUGGUGAGGGGCAAUUUCCUCUGAAAUAUUUGGGGAUUUCUCUAAGGCCUACACGAUGGCUGAUAGUUGAUUGUGGUGAAAUACUCAAGAAAAUUCAUAAUAGACUCCAUGUGUGGGCUAGUAGGCAUCUUUCAUUUGCGGGGAGAACCCAAUUGAUAUACUCUGUGUUGCAUGGUAUGCGCAAUUAUUGGAUGAACAUCGUCUUGCUUCCUAUUAGUGUGGUUCAUGAAAUAGAUAGACUUUGUCGCAACUUUCUUUGGGGGGAGAGGAACAAUCGAAGCAAAUUUCAUUGCUCCUCAUGGCCCCAAGUUUGUCUGCGGAAAGUAAUGGGAGGUCUGGGGUUCAAAGAAGGCUGUAUUUGGAAUAAAAUCCUCUUGGCUAAAUACCUUUGGGCUUUAUCUUCAAAGCAAGAUGUCCUUUGGGUGAAGUGGAUAGAUGGAGUCUAUUUAAAAGGUAAAUCUAUCUGGGAUUACCAUCUGAAACCAGAUGUCUCUUGGUAUAGGCAUAAGAUUUGUUAUUUGAGAGAGGAUUUUUCUAGCAAGGCGGUUCUUGGGCACCUUCUAACGAGAGAUAAUCUGGCUCGUUGUCACAUUGUGAUUGAUUCUGCGGCUUGUCCUCUGGUUAGGUGCUGUUAUGUGACCGAAGCAGUGGAUCAAUUGGAAGCUCUGGCUGAACGGGAAGCCAAAAUCAGUGAUGCACCGCAUUUAUUUAGCUUGUCUAGCUGCAUCAGUGUACCAUAUCUGGUGUAG